GCCAAAUUUUAAGGUUUCGAUUUUCUUUCUAUUCAAAAGUAAAUGACCAGCACGCGAGCCGAGUUCACAUUUCCCUCCAUUCACAACUUUCCACCAUUCUAUACUCGACAGCCUACCGAUUCGACAUGGGAAAGUCAGCUUAAUCAGUGGAGCGAACUGAUCUUGAGUUACUGUCGCCAUUACAACAAGUUUCGCAUCGAUUUACACGAGGCAACAGCACCUGGCGUAUCUCAACUAUUUGAGAAUUCAAAGCUUAAACGUCGACUCUCUUUUGAAACUUUGCAAGAAAUUGUGGAUAAUAUGGUACAGCGAGGUGAUGCGGAAUGGGAAGACGGACCCAAAGGUACUAAAUCGCAAGCAGUUAUUUAUUGGCGUAAACCCAGCGAUUGGGCGACUUUGAUACUGAAUUGGGUGAAUGAAACGGGCAUGAACAACAAUAGUAUUUUGACUGUGCAUGAAAUAGCACAUGGCGACUUGGCAGAAGAUCAACCGUUUUACGAAAUGGAUCACUUCAUUUUACUCAAAGCACUUCAACUUCUCGCAAAACGCGGCGUUGCCCAGCUUUUCAAAGGAUCAUCGGACGAUGAGAGUAUGGGUGUCAAGUUUUUUAAUUCAGCUUAAAUUGAAUGGGAGUAAACGAUCACAUUUGCAAGUAUAAAAUGCUAAAGUCUUGUCACUAUAUCAUUGUAAAGUUUAUCACAGAAUAAUAGUAUACAUAUACCCCCCGUCUUUCAUUUAAAGCUAAAUGGACAUAUCGUAUAAAUGGAUCUAUUCAUGCUGUUUUAA